GACACAACAAAAAGUGAUACUGAAGCCAGUGGGAUGACUGAGUUACGAAGGACCAGAAGGAAGGCCGGCAGACCACAUCUUGGUUCUUCUGAUGUGGGAGAAAUGAGCACAUCCAAUCCAAAUGAGAAAGUCAGAAGCCACAGAGCAUGGCACCAGCUAGAGGAUGUGAGCUCUGCUGAGCCUCACCUGUCACAUGAUGACAAAGACACCCAAGAUCUGAUCACAGCGAUGAAACCAUCACCCCCUAAAAUAUCAAUCAGCACUCCUGGUGGGGAAAUUAACCCAAACUCUGAUCGUACCAGCGAUGGCACUCAGGUUUUGGCCCCUCCUCAACUGCCCUCUAGAAUGAAGCAGAUCAAACAAGAGAUGGCCAGAAGUCACCUUCGGUUUGUGCGAUUUGAGGCGACAGACCUGCACGGCGUGUCCAGGUCCAAGAGCAUACCGGCACACUUCUUUCAAGAGAAAGUGGUUCAUGGGGUUUUCAUGCCCCGAAGCUAUCUUGAAUUGAUUCCCAACCCUAAGGACGAUGACGUCAAUCAUCUAAGAGCUUCGUGUUUCAACAGUGACAUAGUCCUGAGGCCAGAGUUGUCAACCUAUAGAGUCUUGCCAUGGGCAGAGAGAACAGCUCGAGUAAUCUGUGACACCUUCACAGUGGCCGGCGAGCCUCUGCUGACGUCCCCGAGACACAUCGCCAAGAUGCAGCUGAGCCGGCUGCAGGAUUCGGGCUUCUGUGUGCUCUCAGCCUUCCUCUAUGAUUUCUGCAUUUUCGGUGUGCCCGAGGUCAUCGAUUCCAAGACCGUGUCUUUUCCUGCUUCCACUUUUCUAAAUGAUCACGGGCAGCUCUUCAUGCAGGAGCUGGUGGACGGCUUGUGCCGUACUGGGGCCAAUGUGGAGAGCUUUUCCUCUUUGAUCAGGCCUGGUCAGAUGGAAAUCUGCUUUCUGCCUGAAUUUGGCAUCACUUCAGCUGACAAUGCGUUUACCCUCAGAACAGGUGUCAAAGAAGUGGCAAGGAAAUAUAAUUACAUCUCCAGCUUUUUCAUUGAGACUGAGCUUUGCAAUUCAGGAAUUUUGUCUCACAGUGUCUGGGAUGAUGGUGGGAAGAAGAACAUGUUCUGCAGCAAUUCUGGAGGCGAACAGCUCUCAGGCUGUGGGAGAAGAUGGUUGUCAGGACUCUUGAAGCACUCAGCGGCUCUCAGCUGUCUGAUGGCACCUGCUGUCAGCUGCCGAAAGCGUUAUUCCAAGGACAGUAAAGACCUGAAGGACAGUGUGCCUACGACGUGGGGGUACAAUGACAACAGCUGUGCUUUCAAUGUCAAGUGCCAUGGUGAGAAAGGCACCCAGAUAGAAAAUAAACUAGGCUCGGCCACUGCAAAUCCUUACCUAGUGCUGGCCGCGACAGUGGCUGCAGGCUUGGAUGGACUGCAAAGCCAUGACAGCGCUGGGGUUGACCCAGAGGAGAGAACAGACCUCUACCUCUCAAAACCUCCGGAGAUUCCUUUGAAGAUGGAGGAUGCCCUAGUGUCUCUGGAGGAGGAUCAGUGUUUGAAGCAGGCUCUGGGAGAAACUUUUAUUCGAUAUUUUGUUGCUAUGAAGAAAUAUGAGUUGGAAAAUGCAGAAACAGAUGCCGAGAGGAAUAAAUUCCUAGAGUAUUUUAUUUAG